CCGACGUGCGGCGCGCAUUCUCUUCUUUCGUCCGGAGCUGGCGUCCUGCGCGGUUUCCCCUCUUAGUCGCACAGCCUCCGGAAGAUGGGGGUCGUCGUCCCCAGACGCUGCCUGGAGUGUCUGCUCGGCCUCUACUUCCUCUCCCACAUCCCCAUCACUCUGUUCGUGGACCUGCAGGCGCUGCUGCCGCCGGAGCUCUACCCGGCCGAGCUUAGAAACUUGAUGAACUGGUAUUGUAAAGAGUUCAAAGAUCCCCUGAUGCAGGAGCCCCCAGUGUGGUUCAAGUCCUUCAUAUUUUGUGAGCUUCUGUUUCAGCUGCCUUUCUUCCCCAUCGCAACGUAUGCCUUUUUCAAAGGAAGCUGCAGGUGGAUCCGCAUCCCUGUGAUCAUCUACUCAGUUCACACUAUGACAACUUUAAUUCCAAUUUUAUUCUCAUUUCUAUUUGAGGAAUUUUCCAAAGCCAGUGGUUUCAAAGGACUGAGACCUGAGACCUUCCGUGAACGACUGACCCUUGUAUGCAUCUAUGCCCCCUACUUAAUCAUCCCUCUCCUCCUGCUGCUUUUCAUGUUGCGGAAUCCCUACUACAAGUAUGAAGAGAAGAAAAAGAAAAAGUGAGGGGAGCAUCUCUUGGCCCCAGAGGGGAGAUGUCCUUUGGACCCAGUGAAGGAAAAAAUGCUCUGAACCCAUGUCUUCAGCAUCACACAAGCACAAGAUGAUGGCAGGAGCCACAUAAAAUCUUCAUCUUCCAAGGGCAACAGGGUGAUCAGACCCAUCAGCAGGGUUUGGAGCAAGGGAGCCAGUGAUAGGAAUGUGUUGCCAAAUGCCUACAUUACCUUACAGGAGACCAGAAACUGGGUAAGCAUGGCCUGCUUGCUAUGUUCUGUGGCUCUUGUCACAUGACCAGAAUACACACACCCACUAAGCCUAUAUCACUGGCUAAGCAUAUCGCUGGCUUAAAGAAUGAAUAGGCUGUUUCACUUUCAAAUCAAAUUAUGCCUCUUUUAAAACCCAUAAAGAACUUGUUCUUGCCAGUACCUGUACCCCUGGGAGAAAAAAAUAUUACACAGUUUGAAAUUUGCUUCUAAAACAGUCGUCCCAAGAGAUCUUUUUCAGGGAGGAGGGUGAGGAAAUUACUGGGGUUUGAACUCGGGGCUGCAUGCCUGUUAAACAGAUACUCUUAUCACUUGAUCUGUGUCCCCAACAACUUUCAGUCACUGUCUUUUCCCAAAUCUCUGUCUUCCAUGUUUUUAGAGGCCACUGGACAUAAUUCCUUUUACCCUGGCAUCUUGAGCCUCAUCUAGGAAGCAUGUUCCCUAACAGAGACCUUCACCCUUCCUGAUGAGCCUAGUCAUUCCAGCUAGGGAUACAAGUAUACUGUGUGCACCUAAGAGCUUUUCACUAGUAUGUGCUCUACAUCUGCACUGAAGGCCAUCCAACCCUCACACACCCUCAAAGAGUACAGGUCCCAGCCAAUCCCAGUUCUGCCCUUUCCUGCUCAAAAGCCAUAUUGGUCUGACUGCUGGUACUAUCUGACUUGUGUGCAUCUGGUACAAAUAAAGGUAGCUGCUGACCACUUCAUGGCUGA